AGGGACGAGAACGACAACAGAAAACGCACACUGUUCCCACCUCCUCCAUGUCAGAAUAUCUAUUCGAGUCCAUUCCUAGUAAUUGCAGCCACUAUGGUCGUUCUACAUUCGGUCCUUGCCCCUGUAUUACUGCUCGCAGCAUGGGCAAAUACUUGGCCCUUCGCCCUUGCCCAGGCCCGCGGACCUAGAGAUAUAGAAAGUAUGUUCCAGGUUAGCUUCAAACCUGAGGUGGAUGGUAACUGUGCUGGCCACAAGAAUGAUUUCUCGCAGAUCAUUGAGGAUGCCUAUAUCUUAUCAAAGGCUGGUAUUCAGGCAGUCUCGGAUUCCACGGACAAGGAUUCAAAGACACGAUCCGAGGCGGACAGACUGGUGAGAGCAAUUUUUCAAGACCCGUCUGAUGAGGAACGGGGGAGAAUUGCAAGGAGGCUCAAGCUUGUUCGGAACUUUUUCGAAAAGGAGGGCAAGAUUCUCCACGGUGCAUCGAAGAGAAAACCGUACCUAUUCUGCAGCGAUUCGUGGAGAACCCGUGAGGAUAUGAGUAGUCAAAUGAAGGACAAGGAGGGCAACCUCAUGAAAGAUGAAAAAGGCUCCCCAUACCUUAUUAAAGACGACAAGCAGAUGAAGUCGCGCCAGAAGGCGGCAAUGAGGGAACUGGGAGUCUCUAAAGCAAAAUAUGUCUUUCCGUACUGGUGCAGUGGCCUCAACGCCUACAUGUUUGACAAAAGUUUCAGCAGCGACCCCACGCUAGGCCCCUGCAGCUCUGGUGAAAAGAUUCUUGGAUACACUGUGUGGGAGUCAAAAGAGGGUAUUGGUGCUGUCGUGCUCUGCAAUGAGGCCUUUGUUGGUGGCAGGUUACGUUCGGUCACAGUUGACCCCUUCGGCGACAGUGUUUUUGCCAAGGGCAACAAGCCUCCCCAAAAGAAAACGACCAUUAAGAUGGUGUCACCCAUGGCGACAACCUUCUACCACGAGCUCUUCCAUCUCCUGUUUGCAACGCUAAUGGAUCCCGAGAAUGGUGAGGAGUAUCAAUUCAAGCGGAUGACUGGCAAGGCGGAGCGUGUGGGGACAAAAGGGACGCAGGAGACCUUUUCCAAGGAGCAGGCAAUAAUGAACCCCCACAGCUAUGUUUACACUAGCAUUGCGUACGACUAUACACAAAACGAGAGAUACACCAGCCAGGAUUCAGGUGAAACGUACCCUAUUGAAUUUUACACUGGUUGGGCCACAUACAAUGCUUGAGCUACUUCCUUCCCAUGCAUCGCGGUUUUCGAAGCAUUGCCCAUUGUUUCUGAUUCCGAGACUUCUAUGUAUGCUCAGUCAAGGCUCAACGUAUCAAUGCUUACGUGCAAUCAUGUU